AUGGCACAACGCAAGAUCUCGGUAUCAGAGAUCUCGUCCCACAACACCGACACCGACUGCUGGAUAGUUGUGGAUAACCAGGUAUGGGACAUCACCAAAUUCGCCCCCGAACACCCCGGCGGUCCUGGCAUAAUAUACAAGUAUGCCGGUCGAGACGCCACCCAGGCAUACAAUGAAAUCCACUCGCCGGCAAUAAUCAGAAACAACCUGCCAGCAGACGCCCUCAAGGGAGUGUUGGACAGAUCCACAAUCACCGAAGAAUGGUCCAAACCUCUUCCCACCGAGACACCUCAAGCCAAAUCUGCUUCGAGCUCAGACAAGCCCCCGUUGGAUUCUCUGAUAAAUGCUCACGACUUCGAAAUCGCCGCCCGAAACACCGCCACCGCGAAGACAUGGGCGUUUUACUCCUCCGCGGCCAACGACCUAAUAACGCGAGAUCUCAAUGCCAGUCUCUUCAACCGCGUGCUCUUCCGCCCACGCGUAAUGCGCCGCGUGGACAAGAUCAACACGGAAACCAGCAUCUUGGGCUACCCCGUUUCUUUCCCACUGAUGAUCUCCCCCGCGGCGAUGGCGCGCUUGAUCCAUCCAGACGGCGAACUCGCCAUCGCACGGGCCGCAAAGGAGAAGCACAUUGUGCAAUGCAUCUCCAACAACGCCAGCUACUCUGCCAGCGAAAUCGUCUCCCAACCUGCCGUUUCGGACUAUCCGUUUUUCUUCCAGCUGUACGUCAACCGGGAGCGGCACAAAUCCGAACAGCUCCUCCGCAAGAUCCACCAGCACAAGAACGUCCGCGCGAUCUUCGUGACGACUGAUGCGGCUGCCGCGGGGAAGAGGGAGGCGGACGAGCGCGUCAAAGCCGAUGAGUCGAUCCAAAACCCAAUGAUGACCACCAACGCCAAGAACGACAAGAAAGGGGGCGGCUACGGCCGGCUGAUGGGCAGUUUCAUCGACCCGAACCUGAACUGGGACGACAUCGCCUGGCUGCGGUCUCAAACCAAACUGCCCCUCUUGUUGAAAGGGAUCAUGUCCGCCGACGACGUGCGACUGGCCCUGGACCACGGUCUCGAGGGCGUCGUCCUAUCAAACCACGGCGGAAGGAACCUCGACACCUCCCCACCCGCGCUGCUGGUCCUGCUCGAAAUCCACGCGCGGUACCCGGAAAUCAUCACGCAGCACCACCCUGCCUCCCCCACCGUGGCUUCAGGCCAAUCUCGACCGUUCAGCAUCUUCGUGGAUGGCGGCAUCCGGCGCGGCACCGACAUCCUCAAGUGCGUCUGCCUGGGCGCCGUGGCCGCGGGGAUCGGACGGCCCGCCCUCUUCGCCACGGGCUACGGCCAGGACGGCGUGGAGCAGCUGAUCGACAUCCUGAGGGACGAGUUCGAAGUCGCCAUGCGCAACAUCGGCGUCACCACCCUCCAAGAGUGCGGUCCGCAAUACGUCAACACGGGCGCCAUUGACGCCCUGGUCAUGAAGCGCCGCGACCAUCCCUACGCGGUGUCCUGGGGGAGCCAACAAGACUCGCACACCAGCGUGGCCAGGAACAGCCUGUUCGGCACAGGCAGAGAGAGUAAACUGUAA